AUGGGAACGAAAAUUCCUCACUAUGGGGCCAAAAUACUCAAUAAGACCAAUACAUCUAAUAUCUCAACAAUUGACAAGUUAGACAAAGAUAGAGAUAAUACUCCUAACCGUCUCACCUCUGAUGAAAAAAUAUUUAGCAAUCAAGUUGCUACUCUUGCGAAUGAAGUGGUGAAGUUUAUUAAGGCCCCAGAUGGUACAAAACUGAAGAUAUUUUCUAAUUCAUCACAAGCAUGGUAUACUGGAGAUAUAAACCCAGUAACGGGCGUGAGGUCCAAGUUAACCUCUCUAUACCUUGCCAGAUAA